GGGGGGGGGGGGGGCUCGCGCAGAGAGGCGGCGUGCGGCGGGCACCGCCACCGCCCCGGCCCGCUCCGCUCCCGGCCAAGCCGCCGCUCCGCCGCCAUGCCCGGCUCUAUCUACCAGCCCGAGGGCGGACAGCCCGCCCGCGGCCCGCCGCGCUGCCUGGCGCUCCUCAGCCCGCCGCCGCCCGCCGGGCAGGAGCCGCCGCCGGAGCCCGAGCCCGGGCGGGAGCGGGAGGGGCCGCCGCCGGCGGCGGCGCAGGACGAAGCCGCCGCCCUGAGGUUCGCCCUGGACCAGCUCUCGCUGCUGGGGCUGGAGGAGGCGGGCGAGCGCGGGCUGCGGGCGGCGGAGGCGGGCGGCGCGGGGCCGGAGGAGCCGGAGGCGGCGGCGGGAGGCGCGGGGCCGGGCGGCCUGCAGGCGCGGGAGCGCGGCGGCGGCGGUGGUGGCGGCGGUUCCCCACCGGCCGCCGGCGCCGCCGCCGCCUCCUCCUCCUCCUCCUCCCCCCCGGCCGCCUUCGGUAACUUCGCCCCGCACCUGGCGCCGCCCGCCGCGCUGCUGGCCGAGCCGCUGGGCGCGCUGGGGAGCAGGAAGAAGAGCGUGAACAUGACCGAGUGCGUGCCCGUGCCCAGCUCCGAGCACGUCGCCGAGAUCGUGGGCCGGCAAGGCUGCAAAAUCAAAGCCCUACGCGCCAAGACCAACACGUACAUCAAGACGCCGGUCAGGGGCGAAGAGCCCGUUUUCAUCGUGACUGGGAGGAAGGAGGACGUGGAGAUGGCGAAAAGGGAGAUCCUCUCGGCCGCCGAGCACUUCUCCAUGAUCCGAGCGACGCGCAACAAAGUGAACGGGCUGACGGGAGCGAUGCAGGGGCCCCCCAACCUGCCGGGACAGACCACCAUCCAGGUGAGGGUCCCGUACCGUGUGGUGGGGCUGGUGGUGGGCCCCAAGGGAGCCACCAUCAAGCGGAUCCAGCAGCAGACGCACACCUACAUCGUGACGCCCAGCCGGGACAAGGAGCCCGUCUUCGAGGUGACGGGCAUGCCCGAGAACGUGGACCGGGCUAGGGAGGAGAUCGAGGCGCACAUCACCAUGCGGACAGGCUCCUUCAUCGACGUCAAUGCCGACAACGACUUCCACUCCAACGGCACCGACGUCUGCCUCGACCUGCAGGGCAGCACGGCCAGCCUGUGGGCCAAGGCCCCCCACCCUGCCCGCCGCCCCUCGGCCGCCCUCCGCAACGACAGCCUCAGCUCCCUGGGCAGCACCUCCACCGAGUCCUACUACAGCGGGCGGGUGGCGGACGCCAGCCCCACCAGCCCCUACAGCACCAGCAGCGGCUUCACCUUCAGCGAGCCCCCGGCCCCGCUGGGCUCGGAGGAGUGCGACUUCGGCUUCGACUUCUUGGCCCUCGACCUCACGACCCCCACCACCAUCUGGUCGCCCUUCGAGCGCUCGGGCAACCCCUUGCAAGCCUUCAGCAGCUGCUCCUCCAUCAACAGCUCGCAGAGACGCAACAGCGGCGCGGCCACGCCGCGCCACUCGCCCACCCUCCCCGAGAGCGGCGGCGUGGCCCUGGACCACCCCUUAGCGCGCCGCAUCCAGAGCGACCCCGUCAGCACCUUGUCCUGGCUGCCCACCCAAGGCUCGCUGUCCUCCUUCUCCAACAGCACCGGCUACUCCUCCUCCUCCUCCCUGCCCGGCAGCAUCUCCGCCGCCUCGGGCUCGCCCACCGACUCCAGCAGCUCCGACGGGCACCGCAAGAGCUCCCGCGAGUGCAUGGUGUGUUUCGAGAGCGAGGUGAUCGCCGCCUUGGUGCCCUGCGGCCACAACCUCUUCUGCAUGGAGUGUGCCAUGCGCAUCUGCGGCAAAGCCGAGCCCGAGUGUCCCGCUUGCCACACUCCCGCCACGCAAGCCAUCCACAUCUUCUCCUAGCCGGCUCCGGCUCGCCAGGGCGGCCAGCCCUCCCCUCCACCCCAACACAACUUUUUAAGGACUUUAAACUGUUUAAAUCAACCUUUUUAUUUAAUAACGGAUCCGAUGGGCGCACGGGGUGGGGGGGGGAAGGAGAGGCUGCUGCUUGCUGGCUGGAGAGGUGGA